GAUCCUUGAGUCGUGGCCGGAUUUCAAAAGAUCCUUUUUCGCAGGAGAUCUUGAGAUCUUGUCAAAACUCUUCUCGAGAUCAUCAAGCAAAGAUAGAUAGAUGUGAUCGUACGAAAUCGCUCUCAUUAUCUACUGGCAAAAGAAACUCUAUCCACCUGAAACGAAAGGCUAGCUAGAGGCAUUGAGCACACAACUUGAAAGGAAGAGAACUGAAAAAGUAAUCAGCAAGUAAAAAUAAAACGGUACUCUACCAUGACAUCAGCUGCUGCCUCUGAACCCACCAGCAAGUUUUCUUCGGCACCCACCAUUGCAGAUUAUGGUCGACACAAAGGCUGGAUGGACGAAGUGAAAGGACAGUUGAAGGAACAAGGAAAGGACGCUCUAGCUCAACAACUGCCCGACCCUUCCCAAGUACCCGUUCAAUUGCAGACAUUUUCCAAUCGCUACAGUUUAAAGCCUACAGUGGAAGAAUCGGAACUCCAACAAAAAGUCCAAGGCAUGCCCCGCGCCAUGAUGGCCGGUGGCCUCGAUGAAGCCAAUUUCCUCUGCAUGCUCCUCGAAAUGAUGAAGGCCCAAGUGGUCGUUGAAGUGGGCGUCUUUCGCGGCGUUACUACAUUGGCAUUGGCACAGUGUCUUCAGAAAAUCAACAAUACUAGCAACGCCAGAACACCAACAGUCAUUGGAUUGGAUGUUUCCGCCGACUUUGCCCAAAUUGGACAAGAGUAUUGGAAAAAAGCUGGUGUGGACGAUUUGAUUGAUUUGCGCAUUGGCGAUGCCAAGGAAUCUCUGUCCACACUCUUGACAGAACAAGGCGAAGCCUUUGUCGACAUGUGCUUUGUCGAUGCCGACAAAGAGUCCUACGAUGACUACUACGAAAAGUGCGUCCAACUCACCAAACCGGGAGGACUCAUUGUCGUUGAUAAUACACUCUGGGGUGGUAGGGUCGUGCUUCCCGCCGACAUUGUCGACACAUUGGCGGCACACACGAAAGAAGACACGUCGGACGCGGCCAUGUUGGCCCGGAAAAUGCACGAUACCAAAUGCAUUCAACAAUUGGCACACAAAAUUCACAACGAUAGUCGCAUCGAUCGAGUUAGCUUUUUGACCAUUGCCGAUGGUGUCACUAUUUGUCGAAAGAAAUAAUAAGCAAACACUAAACAAAGAAAUGAUGACAAAAAUUGAGUGCAUGACAAGAGAAUGGCUACAGUACCGGUACGUCCAGGCUGGUGCAAAUGGGAUGUGGACAGGCACGCACACAGCGGAUUGACGCUAUCAUCAUUAACAAGUAGUUUUAUUCAGCCAUGGACUUGAUAUUAUAUUGCUCGCAGGCCAUUGGUACUGUAGUUCAGUAGGCGCUGCAGCAGAAACCGUUCAUUCCUAGCUAGCUCGUCCACAUGUGCUCCUUUUCGCUGGCUCGACCACAUGGGUUUCCGAUUCAAUACAACAGAAGAAGAGCCGCAGAGGAAACCAAAGAUGAGCCUCACGCACGGUAGACCAGAAACUCGUGGAAAAUUGUCGGCUCUUGUGGUUGUAGACUAGCUAGAAUAUAAGUAGCAUGAUGUAUCUUAUGAAUCUGAGAACUAGUACUGAUUAUGCAACUU